AUGGCCUCUCUUCGUGGAGGGGAUCAAGUCUACGCAACGGUUCGUGCAUCCCAACCGUCGUCGCGGAUCCGAACGGCGGGGGGGGAAAGCGCAUUGGUUCUCGCUCAUUCUCUACGCGAUGCUGGCACCUCCAAACAGCUGGUGGUCCUGGUCACGCUCGACACCGUUUCCGCCGAGGUCAUCACUGAACUGAAGGCUGUAUACGAUCAAGUCAUUCCCGUCCCACGCAUACGGAACGCUCGACCCGCGAACCUUUACCUGAUGAACCGGCCCGACUUACAUUCGGCAUUUACCAAGGUCAAUCUUUGGAGGCAGACUCAAUUCUCCAAGAUUGUCUACAUCGACGCCGAUGUGGUCGCCUACCGAGCUCCUGACGAGCUGUUUGACAUUGCUGCACCUUUUUCCGCCGCGCCUGACAUCGGAUGGCCGGACCUCUUCAAUACGGGUGUCAUGGUUCUGAGUCCCAACAUGGGAGAUUACUAUGCUCUCAUGGCAAUGGCCGAGAGAGGCAUCUCAUUCGAUGGCGCCGACCAGGGUCUUCUUAACAUGCACUUCAAGAACACGUACAACCGAAUCAGCUUCACGUACAACGUGACACCCUCGGCGCAUUACCAAUAUGUGCCCGCCUAUCGACACUUCCAAUCGAGUAUCAACAUGGUACAUUUCAUUGGCCCCGACAAGCCCUGGUUCCAAGGCCGGCAGGCAAGCAAAGGAGACUCGCCAUUUGAAGACAUGAUUGGGAGAUGGUGGGCCGUCUAUGAUAGACACUACAGAGUUGCCGAAACGGCUCCUGCUCCCGCCCUCGAACAGCAGCAGUAUCACGGGGAGCAUUCGCAGCAUCAGCAGCAGGAACAUCAGGUUCCUGAGAUCGUACAGUACUUUACUAAAGGAGAAUUCCAGCCGCAGUCGCAGGCUACGCAAGUAGCAUUAACGGGUGAGCACCAUCACGGAGCGCAAACCUCCCACAGUCAUGGUAGCACAUACUACCAGAUGCCACCUUCUCCGGGCCAUGAGGCUCAUGGCUCUUCCCACCACGAUGCCCAUGGACCUAGCUCUUCCCAGCUAUACCCGCAUCAUGAACCGCCGCACCAUGGUCAUGAUCAAAGAUACCAGCCUGAGAUUGCGUAUCAGGCUGGCCAAUCGUUUCCCCCUCCCAGCGAGUCGUUUGGUGCUUUUGCUGGAACGCAGGCUGAGGCUCGAUUAGAGCAGGUUUCAGCACAUCAGGGGCGGGGUCCGACACCACCACCCGUGGAGCAGACGCGAGAGCCAAGCCCUCCUCCACCAGCAUGGGAUGCUCAGAGACAACCACCACCAGCAGAUUCGAGACCCGAGGCGCUCAACUUCCCCUCGCAGACCUACGAGAUGUCUCAAGACCCCGCUCCGUUUGUGCCCCCCGAACGAUACCCGAGUCCCCCAAGAAACAUGUGGUACGAGGUUCCGAAGCAAAAGCCAACACAGAAGCCUCGACCACUCUUUCCCUGGGAAGUCAACCAGCCCAAGCCGACCAGAGUUUUCACCGUGGAUCUGGCCGAGCCGGAAGCAGAGGAAUCUUCGAGCACACCGACUGGUGAGCAAGCGGCAUCGCCCGUAUCCCAGGCUCCCGCUGAGCCGUCUCUUAUAGGAUCAUCGAUGACUGGUCAGAAAAGCGAGCACAGCACCCCAGCCACCCCGACCAUCAAAGUAAGCCCAUCGGAUCCUUGGACCGCUUUCACACGUACAAAUGCCUGGGACGAAGUGCCCGAGAUCGAGCGCUACGUUGAGGGUCUGCAACAGCACCGUCGUGGAAAGAGCCAAGGUUCGGUGGGCAUCUCUGGUGAGACGUCGGCAAAGGAGCAUGGGCUCAAGCUCACCGACUUCCCAAGUGUUGUCGAACGACCUAGUCUUCCAGUCACUCCCGCACCUAUUCGUCGACCAAAGUUCUGGGGUGGAGGCCCCGGACCUGGCGACGGUGAUGACGAGGAGGAGCUGCCGGUCGCCCAUGGCGUGCCGCCGCAGUCGGACUGGCUCCAAAAACUGGCUAAGCAGCAGUCAGAGGCUUUGCUGAAGAAACUUGGUGGCGGUGAAGGUAGUCCCGAGGGUGUGAGUCGCGAGAUCCCAACACGUUCCCUGCCGUUUGGUUCGGAGGGUGUCAGUUCGCCUACUUAUGUCGCGCAGUCAUCUGGAGGGGUGGUGCUCAGUCCGCAGCCGGUAAAAGGCAGCGCGACCACGAGCGCUUUGCGCAGUCUGAGUGGUGACCAGGCAUCGUCGACAACCACGGCAAUCCCGGCGCCGGCCUACCAAGGUCCGGGCACCGCCUGGGAGAGGGGCGAAGGGGCCCCGCUGAGGGAGACGCCGGCUUUGCCCACGGAGGAGGAGCGCGAUGUACUCGACACGUGA